CAAUAUUUUCAUAGUUCAUAGUUUUCAUACACUCUUUUCUUCUACUGGCUAAAAUGUGCUUCCAUAUAAUUCACCAAAGAAGCUAAAGGAGAAGUUGGGCAACUUUUAAGCUUUGUUGUUAUACUGUUACAUUACCAAUAUUAGGAGCCUACUUUUAUUUUGAAACUUGUACAGGAAACAUUGUGGCACAGUAUUUAAUGUAAAUACAAUGAGCCUAUGCUACUAAUAUUAUACAUACUAGCAUACUGACGGUCUUGCUGUGGGUGUAAUAAAGUAUUACCACAGUAAUAAUUCACUGGGACACGUGAGCCUCGCUCUCAUGACUGUGACGUGUCUGUUCCAGGUGGGAGGGGGGAGGAGCCAAAGAGGAGCGCGACCUCUCUGGAUCUCGGAGCACAGGUUGUGACAGGCCGGAGUGGAGGAGAAGUUGACUUUACAUCGCGGAAAAGUUAAUGGGAGAUUGAGGAACAUGUCGCCGUGAAGUGGAGUCGGUGGACAGAAGAGGAAGAAGGUUCCGGCCGCAGAGGUGAACAGCAAGUCCGGGAAUGUUGGAAGCACCGCGCAGGAUCCAGUAGAUCAGACCAGUGCUGUUUGAUUUAAGCUCUGUCUGAGCCGCUGCACUUUACCAAGUCUGGACUUGCUGUCCCAAGCCAGGCACAUUUAUUACGCAGGUGUGAAGCCAUCCCACCCAUCCUGCUGAUGAAUAUGGCGCAGCAGGAAGAACCACUGUACGACUUCCCCGAGCCCAGCCAGCCCUCGCAGCGCAAGCUCAUGGGGCACCACAGGGGCCGGGGGUCUCUGAGGAGCAUCAGCGUACUGGACCGUCUCCUGCUCACGGUUCCUGUCUGGCUUCAGCUGUCAAUCAAUCCUGCCACAGCGCUGCACAUUCUGCAGAGGGAGCCGCCCGGGAACUUCCUGGUGCGCAAGUCUCGCACAUCCCAGAGGAACGUGCUGUGCGUCCGGUUGGCGGACGACAGCGUUCCGUCGUUCGUCCAGCAGUUUGGGAUCAGGGAGGAGCAGUCCAGCAAGACUCUGUCUCUGGAGACUUCAGCCAUCAGCUUCCCAGAUCUCCCAAGACUUAUUUCCUUCUACUGUGUCAGCAGAGAUGUGUUGCCGUUCCCUCUGGAGCUUCCUGAAGCCAUCGCGAAGGCGACGUCCCACAAAGAGCUGGAGUCCAUCUCACACAUGGGAAUAGAAUUCUGGAGUUCCCAUCUAAACGUCCGUGGGCCACGAGAGGCACCGAAGCCUCAGAAGGAGGACGAGGAGGAGGAGAAGGCGGCUCCGCAGACGAGCUCUGCAGCUCAGCCUGAUUCAGCUCCGCAGCCCGACUCAGACAGCCUGCUCCACUCAGCACCUGAGUCGGACAGCGCCACCCAAAGAUCCGGUCCCAAUGCCACCCUGUUCCACGAGUUUUGCCCAAUCACGACACGCAGCCCCCGAGAGCUGGACUGUGGCUCCGGCAUGGGCGCUCUCUGCUUCAUCAACCCCCUUUUCCUGCAGUCCCAGACCGCCCUGUCCAGGAGGCGCAUGUUCAAACGCAGCCUCAAAGUUCGGAUUUCCACAGAGUCGUCGACCCUGCUGUCGCCCCCGCUUGCUCCUCCUCCUCCACCACCUCUGAUGCCCAAAGCCAAAGGAAAAUGUAAAGCGCUCAAACGGACACAACAAGACAGUCAGCUGGAUCCCACAGUCCAGGACGCCCCCAGUCAGAUGCAGGAUCAGGUGGAACCAGGCCAAACGGACCGGGCUACAGCUCCGCUACCAACACUAACAGAGAAUCUUCAAGAGGACUCAGACUACAUGCAGCCCUCUCCAAUGAUCAGCCUCUCCAAGCCUCCCUUACUCCCUCCCUACCUCGCCCCGUCUGCAGCUCCCAUGGCGCCUCCCCUUUUCCCCAAAGUGUCUCGGUCCCUCUCUCCACAUAACUCCCCCGGCAACUCACCCUCUCUCUCACCUUAUCAGUCCCCGUCUCCUUCUCCUAAGGCCCCCUUCUCUCUGUCUCCCUUCACCUCUCCAUCCUUCUGCCCGCUGGCAGAGCAGGCCUAUCACACACCGGCUGCUCCUUCAAGACCAGAUCAGCAGAGACCAGAGGAGGAGGGAGCAGGUGUGCCUGAAAACAAGGAUGAUGAUGAUGAGACUGAUGAGGAACUGUGCAAAAAGCAGAAAGAGGAGGAGGAAGAGGAGGGUUUGGUGUUAGGGAUGAAUGCUGCUACUCUGAGUGACACAGACAGCUGCAGCUCCUUCUGCAGCCUGGAGGGGGCAGCAGAGACUCCACCGCACUCACCUGUCGAACAGGUGAGCGGGACGAGCCUCUAACGAUCAAACAUUACAGACUGUAACAGAAUGUUGUGAUAUCUCAUGACAGCAUCCCAGAGAGUCAGAAGAUGUUUUUAGAAGAGAGACAAGCUUUAAAUUAAACAAGUUGAACAAAACCAAAGAUUUUAAUGGUGUUUUAACUGCAAAUGUAACCUUUUAUAUUCCAAUGCCAACAUUUUUGUAAGUAUUGGUCAUAUUUUCAAAUUCAAAUUCACAUCACCAGAGUAGCUGCUAACUGCUGUAGCCACCGUUAGCUCACUUAGCUGUGCAGCUUUCGUGUUGAUGAGGAUGAGGCUAGCCAGUAGCAUGCUAACAUCAGUAGAUAUCUCUGCAAAGCAAAACAUGUCAUAAUGACAAAACUGUUAUUUAAAGGUCAUUUUUUAAUGUUUUUAACUGAGAUUCUUACACGUUGUCCCUUAAAAGCUGCUUUUGUACCUGUGUUCUUAUGUUAUUAAAAUAUACUGAAACUCAA